AUGAAUUUAUCAUCGACAACUUUAUCCGGUGCAAUAAUGAUACCGGCUGUUAAAAAUACUUCAUCUCUUAGUAGAAAUUUAAUCUAUCCUUUACAUAUCGGUGAUGCAUCUCUACAGAGAUUACGUGCAAUUACAACAACACCAAUUAUAAAAUCUUCAACAAGUCCAAAACCAACUGUUGUCAUUAUGAAUAAUCAUUCGAUUAAAUUAGAACCACAACAACCAGUAACUGUUAAUCGUUUACUUUCAAAUAAUCCAACAAUAAUUAACGGACAAAAUACUAUAAAUUUAUCUACACUUGUUAAUAAUUUAAAUCAAAUAGCUUUAUUACAAAAUGUACCUUCUCAGAAUAAUAAUAUAACGAAAUUUCUUGAAACACCCAUAAAUGUUGUUCAACAAUCGAUUCCACCAAAUACGAAUAAAGAAAAUCAAAAUGAACAAGUUUAUAAUAAAACAAAAGUCUUAGUUGAUCUUUUGACAUCAUCAAAUAUUCAACCACCAUCUCGUUUUGGUUCAACAUUAAUUGAACCAUCAACACAAACUCCAUAUUCAGAUGCAACACGAACGCGAUCAAAAAAACGUGUCAAUCGUAUAAAACGACCUAUGAAUGCAUUUAUGGUUUUUUCUCAACUUGAACGAAGAAAAAUUGUUCAAUUAGCACCUGAUAUGCAUAAUGCAGAAAUAUCAAAAUAUUUAGGUGCACGAUGGAAACGUUUAACAGAAAAUGAACGACGUCCAUUUAUUGAUGAAGCUGAGAGAUUAAAAAUGCUUCAUUUACUUGAAUAUCCAGAUUAUAAAUAUAAACCACGUAAACGUCUAAGAAAAGGUUUAUUAAAUAAUAAUUCUUCAACACAUGUCGAUACAUCAGAUGCAUCAUCAUCAGAUGCGUAUACACCUAAACUUGAAGAGAAUAUUGAAUAUGAUGAUGAUGAUGAUAAUAAUUUAUUAUUAAAUGAAAAUUUAUUUUCAAUGGAUGAUGCUUUAUCUCAACAACAAUUUGAUCCACUAUUACUUGAUGCAUUAGCAUCAGCUGAUCCACAAACACAAGAAGCAUUUUUAAAUCAACUUCAAGCACUUGGCGAUUUUAAAUUAUGGGCUGAUCUCGAUUUAUCAAAUAUUGAUCCAACUUUAUAA